AUGGCAGAACCAGACAAGAGCACAAAGACUGUUGUGCUGGACGACGUUGCAGAGCAAAAAUAUGAUAUCAUAAGACGACGCGUGCAAGAGAUCUUGGGAGGAGACGCGAUCAGGUCGAUCCUUGCGGAGGGACGGUCACCGAAAUGUUACUGGGGAACGGCACCUACAGGAAGACCACACAUAGGAUACUUCGUACCACUAACCAAGAUUGCCGACUUCCUCCGCGCUGGCGUCGAAGUCACAAUCCUUCUCGCUGAUGUACAUGCAUUUCUUGAUAACCUCAAGGCACCUCUCGAGCUCGUCGCCCACCGCACAAAGUACUACAAGCACGUCCUCCUCAGCGUCUUCACGUCGCUAGGCAUCCCGACGAGCAAGCUGCGCUUCGUCGAGGGCUCCUCCUACCAGCUCACGAAAGAGUACAACAUGGACAACUACCGGCUCUGCGCCAUCGUCACGGAGCACGACGCCAAGAAGGCGGGCGCGGAGGUGGUCAAGCAGGUCGAGAGCCCACUCCUGAGCGGUCUGCUCUACCCCGGUCUGCAAGCACUAGACGAGCAGUACCUCGGGUGUGACUUCCAGUUCGGCGGUAUCGAUCAGCGGAAAAUCUUCACCUUCGCCGAGCUCUACCUCCCCCGCCUCGGAUACGCCAAGCGCGCGCACCUCAUGAACGCGAUGGUGCCCGGGCUCGGCGGCGGCAAGAUGUCUUCCUCCGACCCGGACUCGAAGAUCGACUUCCUCGAGACGCCCGCGGAGGUGAAGCGCAAGAUCAAGCGCGCCUUCUGCGAGGAGGGCAACGUCCAGGAGAACGGCGUCCUCGCCUUCGUCGAGGCCGUCAUCAUCCCGAUCAGCCAGAUGCGGCUGGAGCGCCUGCACGGCGAGACGGGCGCAGACGCAGACGAGGGCGCGGGUGCGGUAGGGAAGCAGGCGGCCUUCGCGCUCGAGGGCGCACCGGCGGGCACGGUCUUCUCGAUCAUCCGCCCGGAGAAGUACGGCGGGCCGCUGCACUACCAGACCUUCGGCGACCUCAGGCGAGACUUCGAGGAGAGGAAGGUUCAUCCUGGCGACCUGAAGACCGCGGUGGCGGACGCGAUCGUACAGCUGCUGGAGCCGAUUCGGAAGACGUUCGAGGAGAGCCAGGAGUGGCAAGAUGUGGAGAGGCUGGCUUACCCGCCCCCACCACAACCGGAAAAAAAGAAAAAGAAGGAGAAGGUGUACCACCCUCCUCCUCCCGGCAAGGGCAAGAACGCGGACGCGGCUGUAUCCACGAGUGGGGGCGAUGCUGUACCUGCUUCCAACGAAGAGGCCCAUUCCGCCGCUGAAGCAGCCAAGCAGCAAGCAUAG